GAAGGAAGAGGAAGAAGAAGAAGAAGAAGAUGGGAAAGAUUCCACCGUCAUUCCGUACGUCAACAGUUCCAGUGACUACUCUCCUCAAAAACCCUCCUGCAGUUCUUCCUAAACAGUCCACUGUCCUAGAAACCCCCCAGAAGCCCCAUCAUUUUCCCAAGAAAAGACCUCAACCUUCAGGUAAAACCAAGAAAACUAGAACUCCUAUCGAAGACCCUAAAUCCCCAGUAAUCUUCAACUCCCCCAAUCUCUUAGAUGCCAAGAAAUUAUUUGCAUCCAUCACCACCACCUCCACAACCCCACUUGACCUCCGAUUCCACAACGCUCUCCUCCAAUCGUACUCUUCAAUCUCCACCGUCAAUGACUCCAUUUCUUUUCUGCGCCACAUGAUCAAAUCUCAACCUUCCUUCUCUCCCGAACGGUCCACUUACCACAUCCUGCUCUCCCAGUCCUGCAAAUCACCCAAUUCAGACCUAUCCGCUGUCCAUCAAACCCUCAAUUUAAUGGUCACCCAUGGCUUUCCACCGGACCGCGUCACCACCGACAUCGCUGUCCGAUCGCUCUGUUCAGCGGGCCGAGAAGAGCACGCAAUUGAAUUGGUAAAAGAAUUAUCACUCAAACACUCGCCGCCUGAUUCUUUUACCUACAAUUUUAUCAUCAGGCAUCUUUGCAAGACUAGGGCUUUGAGUACUGUCUACAAUUUCAUAGAUGAGUUGCAAAACUCUUUUCAAUUGAAACCUGACCUUGUUACUUACACAAUUUUGAUUGAUAAUGUAUGUAAUGGAAGGAAUCUCCGGGAGGCAACACGGUUGUUAGAAGUAUUAGGAGAGGCCGGAUUUAAGCCAGAUUGUUAUGUUUACAAUACAAUUAUGAAAGGUUAUUGUAUAUUGGAUAAGGGCAGUGAGGCAAUUGGUGUUUAUAAGAAAAUGAAGGAGGAAGGAGUAGAGCCUGACCUUGUCACAUAUAAUACUUUGAUUUUUGGGUUGUCGAAGUCAGGGAGGGUUAAAGAAGCUAGGAAGUUUUUGGAUAUCAUGGCAGAAAUGGGUCAUUUUCCAGAUGCAGUUACAUACACAUCAUUGAUGAAUGGAUUGUGUCGGGAGGGAAAUGCAUUGGGUGCAUUGGCAUUAUUGGAGGAGAUGGAAGCCAAGGGUUGCAGUCCAAAUUCAUGCACAUAUAAUACAUUGCUUCAUGGUUUGUGUAAGUUAAGAAUGCUGGAAAGAGGGAUUGAAUUGUAUGGAGUAAUGAAGUCUGGUGGUAUGAAGCUUGAGAAAGCUUCUUAUGCUACUUUUGUGAGGGCCCUUUGUAAGGAAGGUCGAGUUGCAGAGGCUUAUGAAGCAUUUGAUUAUGUGGUGCAGAGUAAGAGUUUUGACGAUGUUACUGCUUACUCAACGUUGGAAAAUUCACUUAAGUGGUUGAGGAAAGCUAGAGAACAAGGCCUUGCUUCCUAAAUGGGAUGUGAAGACAACUGUUUGUUUCUAUGCCAUCAACUGCUAUUGCAUUUUGCUACACUGAGGCUAGAUACAUGGCUGAGGCUGGAUACAUGGUUGAGGCUUUUGUUCCUUUUCUUGCAAAGAAGUCUUAAAUGGUCUUCUUUCUCCAAGGUUCUAAAUGUGGGAAAGCUAUUGUGGGUUCUAUGGGUUGGAAUUUUCAACUCUUCAUUGACCUUCCCUCAAAUGAGAUAAAUGCUUGUAUAUGUGGUACUUACACAUCCAAUGGCGGUUCUCAGACUCUGAACACCAAAAAUCUAGCUGUGGUCCGGAGAAACCACAGUGAAUACAAGGGAUAACAUGUUUGCUUUGGAUGAUUAUCUGGACUACAAACCAUAUUUGAUUUGAUAAACUACAUCCUGGUACUAAUAAAGCUUGUAAGUUUAUGCUAAGCUGAUAUGAGAAAAUAAAAUUAGCCACUUUCAAGGUGGUGAAGCCUGGUAACGAACUGCAAGCAUAAGCAUGGAAUGCCAUCGAGAUUCUAUUACUACUAUUUUGUACUGAUAGAUUUGGCCACGGUAGGAACUGUGGCAUUUUUUUCCCUUUUUGUUUUAAAAUCACUUAGCUCCUGAGUCUUUGAUGGCCUUGUAGACUUCUAGUUUUGCAGGAGUCUUCCAUAUUUCUUAUUGAUUUACUGUAUGGACAGUUGACCUCCACAGAAUUUUGUUUAAUUUUGAGUAGAUGUAUGACCUGUCCUUUAGUAAAUUCUGCUUUCAGAUUUUCUUGCACCUUA